CUCAGGUGUGGCAGCAGCGGAGGACCGUGCUCGGACUCUCCAGUGAUUGACAGCUGGAUGCGGGGGACGUGUGCGUGGUGUGCGUGACUUCGUCCAACUGAGUGUCCUCGUCCCUGUGAGACCGUCUGUCUGCCGCGGGACCGUGUGCGCGCUCACGAUGCCGGAGCUGAUCAGUGUGACAGAGUUUGUGUCAGAGACUCAGGAGGACUACACCGCCCCCACCACCUCCAGCUUCAGUACCCGGAUGGUCCACUGCAGGAACACAGUGACUGCCCUGGAGGAGGCUCUGGACGUGGAUCGAUCAGUUCUCUACAAGAUCAAGAAGUCGGUGAAGUCCAUCAGCACAUCUGGUCAGACUCAUGUGGACAACGAGGAGCAGUACAUCCAGUCCUUGGAGAAGUUCGGAGACAACUGUGUCCGCAAAGAGGAUGCAGACGUUGGCUCCGCCUUCCUGAAGUUUGCCGUCUUCACCAAAGAGCUGAAGGAGCUCUUCAAAAACCUGCUGCAGAACAUGAACAACAUCAUCACGUUCCCUCUGGACAGUUUGUUGAAGGGCGACCUGAAAGGAGUGAAAGGGGACCUGAAGAAGCCGUUCGACAAAGCCUGGAAGGAUUACGAGACCAAACUAGUGAAGCUGGAGAAGGAGAAGAGGGAGCACGCCAAGCAGCACGGGAUGAUUCGGACGGAGUUCAGUGGAGGAGAAAUCGCAGAGGAGAUGGAGAAGGAGCGACGGAUGUUCCAGCUGCAGAUGUGUGAGUAUCUCCUCAAAGUGAACGAGAUCAAAGUGAAGAAAGGAGCUGACUUCCUCCAGAACCUCAUCAAGUAUUUCCAUGCUCAGUACAAUUUUUUCCAGGACGGACUGAAAGCUGUGGAGAGUCUGAGGCCUUCGGUGGAGAAACUGUCGACAGACUUGACCACGAUUAAACAGAGUCAGGACGGAGAGAGGAAACAGCUGAAUCAGCUCCGAGACGUCCUGAAGGCUUCGCUGCAGUCUGAGCCCAAAGAGGAUUCUCAGGCGAAGCAGAACGUAGGUUACAGCCUCCAUCAGCUGCAGGGAAACAAGGCCCACGGCACCGAGUGCUCCGGAGUCCUCUACAAGAAAAGUGAAGGGCUGAGGAAGGUGUGGCAGAAGAGGAAGUGCGCGGUGCGGAACGGUUUCCUGACCAUCUGCCACGGCACGGCCAACAGACCUCCAGCCAAACUCAACCUGCUCACCUGCCAGGUGAAGAGGAACCCUGAGGAGAAGAGAAGCUUCGACCUGUUCUCACACGACAGAACCUAUCACUUCCAAGCC